AGCAACCCAAAUGUCCAUUAGCUGAUGAAUGGAUAAAUGAAAUAUGGUACAUCCAAAAAAUGGAAUAGCAUUCACUCAUGAAAAAGAACGGAGUACUGAAACAUGUUACAACAUGGAUGAACCUCGACGACUUUGUGCCAUAUGAAAGAAGAAGCCAGCCACAAAAGGCUAUAUGUUGUAUGAAAUGAAAUGUCCAGAAUGGGCAUGGGAAUAGAGACAAAAAAAUCUCCGCCACCUCCCUACUCUCGGCUGUCUCCUCGCGACGAGUACAAGCCACUGGAUCUGUCCGAUUCCACAUUGUCUUACACUGAAACGGAGGCUACCAACUCCCUCAUCACUGCUCCGGGUGAAUUCUCAGACGCCAGCAUGUCUCCGGACGCCACCAAGCCGAGCCACUGGUGCAGCGUGGCGUACUGGGAGCACCGGACGCGCGUGGGCCGCCUCUACGCGGUGUACGACCAGGCCGUCAGCAUCUUCUACGACCUACCUCAGGGCAGCGGCUUCUGCCUGGGCCAGCUCAACCUGGAGCAGCGCAGCGAGUCGGUGCGGCGAACGCGCAGCAAGAUCGGCUUCGGCAUCCUGCUCAGCAAGGAGCCCGACGGCGUGUGGGCCUACAACCGCGGCGAGCACCCCAUCUUCGUCAACUCCCCGACGCUGGACGCCUGCUGCCCCUCUCUUGCUACCACCAAUCCAUCCUCCACCCGCAGGGAUGGUCUGCACCCAAAUCUGACCCACUCCUCCUCCAAGUGCCAGGAUGACUCCCUGUACCCUCAGAGGAUGUAG